AUGAAUGUUCAGCUGCAGACCAUGUGGGUGGAGAGAGAGGGCCUAUAAAUGACCACAGUAUCCCGUGAAGGUGUGUUCUUAUCACAAACUGGAGCUCGGGAGAAGUAAGAACAAACAACAGACCGCUUCACAAAUGAUGAUGAAGUCAUUAAUGCUGUUGAUCAAGAUGCCAUCUUCUGUGAAGAGAUAAGGAAAUCUGAUCAUCAUUGGACUGACUGCAUUCAAGUUAAAGGAGACUGUGUUUAAAAAAAAUGGAUUAACAAUCUUCCUCUUGUGAUGGUUCGUUGGUGAGGUCCACACACAACAUCUUGUAUCUCAGCUGAAGCAGACAUGGUAGAAAUGGAAAGCAUUCAGGAACUGAUCCCAUUUGCCAAAGAAAUGCUGAGCCAGAAGCCCAGCCGAGGCCUGCUGAAGGUCUACCUGGUGGGCUCUUUGUUUGCAGUGCUGGGGACAGUGGUUGGACUGGUUGAGACGAUGUGUCACCCCUUUCUCUCCAGUCAGCCAGUGGAUGCAGAGAUGCUGCUCAUGAUAGCCAGGGAGCAGAGAACUGUUGAAUUUGAGACACAGUGCAGCCUGGGAGACCAGCGGGAGGACGAAGAGGAGGAGGAGGAGGAGGAGAAGUUUGCUCGUGAAAAUGGGGUCAAGACUGAGAGCACAAGCGUUUCCAAAUCUCACAGACUGAGCCAGCGAAGCCUCACCAACCGGCUGCACGCUUCUUAAAGCCAAAGGGUCGAAGCAAACGGACUGGAGAUAUUUACAAGGAGGCUGCUCCUGCCACACCACUGAAGUGUGCAACCUGCACACAGUCUGAAGCUUUAUAGAUGAAUGAAUGAGAAGCACACGGGCUGCCAUUGUGUCCAACUUAUUAAUAAUUACACCUUUAUGUGCUGCUAAUAAAUCUGCGUGUUUUUAUGCAUUGGGCACACAUGAAAGGAUCCAGCGACUUUGAGGAGUCGAGAAUUUUAAAAGGCUGAUCGCGAGGGCAUGUAACUCACGUUGAUAACUGUUUGAAAAUGGAAGAAUGCAUAUUAUAGAAGGUGCAUAUUUAUCCCAUGAGUAAACAUCCUGUAACAAGUGGCAGCCAAUGACAGUUAAGAGUAAUCUGGUCAGAGUUACAAAAUAUAAAAAAUCUGAAUGAGCACGGAAACCAAAUUUAAGCCUAAAGUUUGGGUUCUAAAAGAAAAAAGAGUCCCGAUUGUACGAGGAGUACUUGAAGUGGUGGAGUCUGCAGUUAGUCUGGCUCAGUGAGCUGCUGUGUAGCGCCACCUGUUGUCUGAUAUCUGAACUGCAACUCCAUCUACAUACUGGGUUACAAAGAGUGGAAGGUUUGUUGUAAAUAUUGUGUUAUGUGCAAACACUGUAAAUAUACAGUCUUUUUUCAUAUGAAGUUUGUUUUUGUUAUUAAAUUUGUCUUGUCCUGGUUUGCCUCCUUUAUGCACCGCAUACAGGUAUGGCUUGAACAAAUACAGACCACGUUUGUUUGAAUAAACCUGCUGGACACCA